AAAGCCACCCGCGCUCAUGCUCAGUUCACCCUCGGGGGCGAACGGUAUUCCUCCAGAACUGUCCAGCUCACCAGCCCCGCCGUCCUCGGGACCGUCAAUAUUGGGGCUCCCGCUCAAAUACGUGUCGCUACUCACGCUCGCGAUCCAAAACGCGGCCUUGUCGAUCGUGAUGCACUACUCGCGCGUCUCCACGCCGCCGCACCUCUCGUACUCGCCCGCGUCCGCCGUGCUCAUGUGCGAGCUCCUCAAGGGCUCCAUCUCGCUCCUCAUCGCUAUCCACCGCGCGCACGAGCUGCAGACCAUCUCCUCCUCCCGCCGCUCCUCGACGCUCGAGGUGUUCAGCCACGACUGCUGGAAGCUUUCCAUUCCUGCGAUCCUGUACGUCGUGCAGAACUCGCUGCAGUUCGUCGCGGUGGGGAAUCUGCCCGUCGCGAGCUUCCAGGUCGCGUACCAGAUGAAGAUCCUCACGACGGCCGCGUUCAGCGUCGCGAUGCUGCGCAAGCGGCUGACGGGCACCAAGUGGCUCUCGCUCCUGUUCCUCGCGAUCGGCGUCGCGAUCGUGCAGGUGCAGACGACCGCGACGAACUCAAGCACGGGCGGCGCCGCGGCGAAGGCGGUGAAGGCGGCGGUGGGGAGCGCGGAGGAGAACAGCCCGGUGCACCAUGUGCAUGUGAUGAACCCGGUCAAGGGCUUCGGCGCGGUCACGGCCGCGUGCUUCACGUCCGGCCUCGCGGGCGUGUACUUUGAGAUGGUGCUCAAGGGGAGCAAGGCGGAUCUGUGGGUGCGCAAUGUGCAGCUGUCGCUCUUCUCGCUCGUCCCGUGCAUCCUGCCCAUCCUGUACAACCGCCCGUCGGCCGCGGCCGCCGCUGCUGCUGCCGCCGCCGCGCAUCUAGGUGGCCCCGCGGCGAGCACGGGCGUGAUCGGUGGGCUGCUGCGGAACUUUGGCGGCUGGGCGUGGGCGACGGUGAUCAUCCAGGUGCUGGGCGGGCUCAUCACGGCGGUGGUGAUCAAGUACAGCGACAACAUCCUCAAGGGGUUCGCGACGUCGCUCUCGAUCGUGCUCUCGUUCCUCGCCUCCGUCGCGCUGUUCCACUUCCGCAUCACACCGUCGUUCGUCAUCGGCGCGAGCACGGUGCUCGCCGCGACGUGGAUGUACAACCAGCCCGAGCAGGCGUCUGCGCAUGCUGCGGCGGGUACAUCGGUGUCGGGCAAGGACGGCGAGCAGUAUGUGCUUGCGGGUGUGAAGGGCGGUAUGGGCGGCGGCAAGGGUUCGGGUUCGUUCUUCCCCGAGACGCCUGUGGGCCCGGACGACCCCAUCAUCGGGCACAUCGCGCCCGGCUCGUCAGCGAAGCGCAAGAGCGGAUCGCCGUUUGGCUCGCCGCGCGCGUUGGCGAGCGCGCUGCUCGGGGACGGGAGCGAGAGCAGCAAGGACGAUAGGCGGGAGCGGGAGCAUUAUUUCGCGCAGACGGAGGCGACGUCGCGGUAUCUGCACGCGCCGUACGGGUCGCCGUUCCCGUCGCGCACGCCGACGCCGGGGCCGCCGGAGGGCGAGCAUCAUCGGAUGUGAGCGUGUGCUGAGGUCUUGGGCCUUUCUUGUGGUCAAGAACUUCCUGCCCCUUUUCUGCGUUUGAUCUUGUGACGGAUUGUCGAUUACCUCUGAUAUCUUUGUCUUCUUCCGCCUUUCUUCAUGUGUGUUUUUCUUCUUCUGCUUUUUUCGUUUCCGCUUAAUCUUCUGCCUUUCCUUGUUUGAGUUUGAAAUGCCCCCGCUUAUUACAGUAUUACGCAUGACCUCUGUACGACAUCCACCCGCCCGCCCACCCACGCUCUUUGCUUUGUUUUAUCGCUCCUUUAGCCCUAGCCCUAGCCUUAGCCCCCGUUCGCCCCCCGCCUCCCGCCUCCUGCUCGCGCGUUCCCGUUCUGGUUUUUCAUCGUGUUCCCCCCCCGGCCUAUACCCGUUCACUCCGAAAG